UUCAUCCGUCAGAGGGCGCAUCCACAACCCCCAGUUCAAAAAUAUUCCCUGAAAGUCACAUUCUUGGAGCAUCGAGCCACUUUAACAAAGUGUGAACACACUCUUUAACUCUUAUCUUGUGCACGAGAUAAUCAGCACGUGCGAGCUCGUUCAACCUCCUGGGUCAACACCGAGCGAGAAGCCUGGACGCUUUCUCCCCAGGAUUUGUGCAGCUCGGGCCGGGAGUAGGGACCGCUAAACAUCUCCGUCCGAAAGGGAAACGAGGAGAGGGAGACGUGAGAGAGCCGACACGAACGGAAGGGAGUUAGAAAUCACUGAAAAGCAAAGCUGUAUACACGCGUAACGCUAUUUUAGGCGUGCGUAAAGGCGCCAAACAAAGUAACGUUAACCGGUUAAAUGUAAACACUGAUAUAUAUUUUUCCCCUGGACAUGUUUCCGCUGCCGGAGAGCGUUGUUUAGACUGUGUUGUGGGAAGAGGGUGAUCCUGGCGCUGUAGAAAGACUGCUCUGUGUGUUAUCUCUUUUUCUUUAUUGUUUGCUUUGGAAAUUACGGAAAGUUCUUGUUUUUGACGCUUAACUUCUGAGGAAACGUAACAUGCAAAUGCGGUAGGUGACUCUAGGUGGUAGGCGGCUUUGUUUCAUCAACUAAACAGACUUGAAACGCUGUUUUUUCCACAUUGUAUAGCAGGCUGUGCUGUUUGGUUCACUGAAAUGUGAGACAUUAGUGGAGUCGAUACAUGACAAACCGCUGCAUCCAGCUGUUAUAUUAGUCACUAUUGUAAGCCUUCAUUCACGCCUUCUGGAUUGGAUAUGCUAAGAAAAGUUUUUAAGAAUGAAGAGAAGAAAAUUCCCAUAGCACGUCUCUGUUUUCUGGUUACAUCGCCGCCGUCUGCUGAACUGGAUCUGUUGAAACGGUGUUAUUAUUUUAGUCUUUUUCACGCCUUCAUCAUUUCCAUGUGGUGGAGACAGCAGAGCUGACAUGCGCCCGGGAUGGGGAUAUAGUGCGGUGACCUACUGCGAUUAACAUACAGUUGUGAAAUUGCCUGAUUAUCGAGCCGAUCGUGAAUGAUUAAGACAUCCGGCGCAGGUAGGGAACCGACCGUAGUGCCUGCUUGUGCGCCGUGAACCGCCGCUUUCAGCCCGCUGCGAACCAGUUCGAGGACUCGGUGACUUUGUGAGGAGAGGUUUCGGAGCCGAUAUGGAGGAGUGGAGACAAUGCGGGCGGUGGUUGAUAGACUGCAAGGUCCUGCCCCCGAACCACCGGGUCGUGUGGCCCUCGGCGGCCGUCUUCGACUUGGCACAGGCCCUGCGAGACGGGGUGCUCUUGUGCCAGAUGUUGCACAACCUCUCGCCGGGAUCAGUGGACCUGAAGGAGAUCAAUUUCAGACCCCAGAUGUCACAGUUCCUGUGUUUGAAGAACAUCCGGACGUUUCUCAAGGUGUGCCACGACAAGUUUGGCCUGCGCAACAGUGAGCUGUUUGACCCGUUUGACCUCUUUGAUGUCAGGGAUUUCGGCAAGGUAAUCUCUGCUCUGUCAAGGAUCUCCCACCACAGCAUUGCACAAAUCAAAGGCAUAAGGCCCUUUCCAUCAGAGGACACAGCUCUGAAUGAGGAUGAUGUGUACCGGAGCCUUGAGGAGCUGGCAGAUGAGCAUGACUUGGGUGAAGAUGACAUCUACGACUGUGUGCCAUGUGAGGACGAUGGGGAUGACAUCUAUGAGGACAUCAUUAAGGUGGAAGUACGACAACCCAUGAUCAGAUAUAUGCAGAAAAUGGGUAUGACAGAAGAUGACAAGAGAAAUUGCUGCUUAGUGGAGAUCCAGGAGACGGAAGCAAAGUACUACAAGACUUUAGAGGACAUUGAGAAGAAUUACAUGAUCCCAUUGAAGCAAGUCUUGAGUCCACAGGACAUGGAGGCUAUCUUUGUCAAUCUUGAGGAUGUAAUCAAAGUCCACUUUGCCCUCCUGCGAGCCAUCGACCUGAACAUGGUCAGUGGAGGAAGUGGGCUGGGGAAGAUCUUCCUUGACUUCAAGGAAAGGUUGUUGAUAUAUGGUCAGUACUGCAGUCACAUGGAGAACGCCCAGAAGACACUGGAUGAGCUAAUAGCAACACGAGAGGACGUCAAGAUUAAAGUCGAGGAAUGCACUAUGAAAGUGCAGGAAGGAAAGUUCAAGCUGCAGGAUCUUCUGGUGGUUCCCAUGCAGAGGGUGCUGAAGUAUCACCUACUACUGAAGGAACUUUUGAGUCACUCAACUGACCGACCAGAGAGACAACAACUCAAGGAGGCUCUGGAGGCUAUGCAGGACCUGGCCAUGUACAUCAAUGAAGUCAAGAGGGACAAUGAGACGCUGAAGAAAAUCAGCGAAUUCCAAAGUUCAAUAGAAAAUCUUCAGCAGGUGAAACUGGAGGAGUAUGGGAGGCCAAAGAUAGACGGAGAGCUAAAGGUGUGCUCCAUCGUCAACCGAACAAAGCAGGACCGGUAUAUAUUCCUGUUUGAUAAAGUGGUCAUUGUCUGCAAGAGGAAAGGCUAUAGCUAUGAGCUCAAAGAGAUUAUUGAACUGCAGUCAUAUAAAAUGUCGGAUGACCCAAUGAACAACAGAGACAUGAAAAAGUCAAGUGGAAAAAUGUGGUCUUAUGGUUUCUACCUGAUCCACCUGCAAGGGAAGCAGGGCUUCCAGUUCUUUUGUAAAACUGAGGAGACCAAGAGGAAGUGGAUGGAGCAGUUUGACAUGGCCAUGUCCAACAUCAAGCCAGAGAGAGCCACAGCCAAUCAGCAUAACUUUCAAAUGCACACAUUUGAUAAGAACACCAACUGUCGAGCCUGCAAGAUGCUCCUGAGGGGCAUCUUCUAUCAGGGCUACUACUGCUCUCGCUGUGGAACAGGAGCACACAAAGAGUGCCUGGAAGUCAUCACCAUCUGUAAAAUCAAUCCUCUUGACUUGGAACCUGGAAUAUCAUCAGGUCCCAAGAUGGUGGCAGUGAGGAACUACCAUGGCACACCAGCUCCCCCGGGAAAGACACCACUCGGUUUUCAAACAGGAGAUUUUAUCGAGCUGCUGAAGGGAGAUCCUGACACCGCAUGGUGGGAGGGAAAGCUGAUACAAACACAAAAGAGUGGCUUCUUCCCCAGUUCAUGUGUAAAACCUUAUUUGGACCCAAAGCCCUUCCAGUCAUUAUCUAGCCGGCAGUCCUCAAGGGAAGCAGACUACUAUGGAUAUCCUUGGUUUGCAGGGAACAUGGAGCGCCAGCAGGCCGACAACCUUUUAAAAUCCCACAGCAGUGGGACCUACCUUAUCAGAGAGAGGACAGCUGAGGCAGAGAGGUUUGCCAUCAGCAUCAAAUUCAAUGAUGAAGUAAAACACAUCAAAGUUAUUGAAAAAGACAGCUGGAUUCACAUCACUGAGGCCAAGAAGUUUGAGAGUCUUUUGGAGCUAGUGGAGUACUAUCAGUCCCAUUCACUGAAAGAAAGCUUCAAGUUGUUAGAUACCACAUUGCGAUACCCCUACAAGUCAAGAGAACGCUCGUUAACGCGGGCCAGCACACGCUCACCAGCAGCCACCUGCGCCUCCUACAACUUCUCCUUCCUCAGUCCGCAGGGCCUCAACUUCUCCUCUCAGAGCUCAGCACCCUUUUGGUCAGUGUUUACUCCGCGGGUGGUCAGUACAGCAGUGGCCAGGUAUAACUUUGCAGCACGAGACAUGAGAGAGCUGUCACUGCGAGAAGGAGACAUUGUCAAAAUCUACAGCAAGAUCGGUGGAGACCAGGGCUGGUGGAAAGGAGAGGCCAACGGACGAAUUGGAUGGUUUCCCUCAACCUACGUGGAUGAAGAAGGAGGGCAGUAAAGCUUGGAUGUUUGCUGGCCUGGCUCCCUUUUAAAUCAGGAACCAUCUUCUGUCUACUGUUCUCAGAGAAAAUUGCUCACACUCUCCAGGAAAAUAACACAAGGAAAAAAGACAUUUUUUUGUUGUUGUUUUUGCUGGAUACUCAUUUUUCAGCGAGUCUUUCUACCCUGUUUCUCUAUCUUCAAUUAUGCAUCAGCUUUGCUUAUGUUUGUAUUUUAUUUUUACUUUUUUUGUGGCAGGAUGUCCUGUUUAAUUUCUGUACAGGAAAGAAUACAAAACAGGCUUUCUGUCUGUCAGCCUCUGUGUGCUCUGCAGAGGCUUUACUGAACUGAAGACACAGCAGACACUGACUGUGUAUAGCUUUACUUUGAAAAAGGCUCCCCUUUGUUGCAGGUCUAUGCGAGGUGAAAUAAUUGUACAGUAUAGAUUAAUAAUUUAUUGAAUAGAGAUUAUUAUCAUUACUAAUGAUUAUUGUGGGGAAGUUGAUUUAAGUAACAGCAAGGAAUCAGACGAGAAAAACUAAAAUAAGACAAGAAAAAAAAAGACAGAUGCUCUGUUUUCAUGUUGCGAGAUUUUGCCUUAGUUGUCAUGGUGAUGCCUUGUGGGCUGACACCAGUGGAGGGAAUCGACUUUGUUAACUGGUUUUACUUCUCCAUGUAUGCAUGUGCCCAUGUGCGGCCCAUACACACACAGACCAAUGUACAGUACGGUGCCUUUGAUGAAUGGUCGUUGCUUACUGAACCUCAACAUCAGCCAGUAAAGAACAUUGCCAUCCCCUAAAAGACAGUUUGUCCACAUCCAGGGGACUUUACUAAAGGAGGGGAGAGGCACUUAUACAACAUACUUGGGACGGCUCGCCUUCUGAGCCCUCGGAAAAACAAGAUGGUGAAGCAUUUAACUUAUCCUAACUGGUGACUGGAUGGACUCACAGAGACAGAUGGAGGGUUUUUAUAGCCAACAACGAUCACAUACACAGUUCACAUCAGUCUCGCCGUCACUAAUCUAUGGGUGCAAUCAGCUGGAUGCGAAAGGGAAACAUCAAGACAUUCUAUUCGACUACCACUUCACACUUUUAAAUCUUGGUGUUCAUCGUUUUAUUGUUUGAUUUUUUUGCACAGAAUCAAUAUUAUUUUUUAAGUUUUGAGAACUGGACCAACAGUUGUUUUUAUGAUUUGAAGCCAAAUUCAGCCAUGUUUUAAUGUCUGCAUGGAGUUUGAUCGAUUGGUAUGAUUUUUGUACCUUGCCUUAUUUUUACAGAUGAUCAGGUGGUGGGAUUUGUUUUUCCCCUUAAUGUUAAUCAUUUUUCAUGUGUGAAAUCCAUUUUGGUGCUGUGCCGACUGGUGAAAAUUAAACAGUGUCAGAAGAUUCUGAAGGAAAACUUUGUGUGUUAAUUAACAUGAAGCCACAGAAGGAGCCCUUAAUAAUAUUGUGAUUUUCUAGGGGUGCUUUGCUCAGUGUUUCCAUUUACUUCCAGUAAUUUCCUAGUGCCAUAAAUACUUUUACAGAUUUACAGCCAUUUAGACCGCAGUGUGUUUGCAGAGGGCUUUCAUUGGUUUUCUAAUUGAGAGCAUAGAUACCAGACGACUUUCUAAUUCUAGAUACACAGAAGUUUUUUGACCCUGUCAGCUCAGCUUUCUUUAAAGGGUUAGUUCAAAUUAUGUUUACAUUUAAUUUGAUAUACAGUAUAUUGACUAACUCUGUUUAUAUGGCCUCGCCUUUAACCUUCAUAAAUUCCACCUCCACCUACACAUUUCUGUAUUGAUAUAUUGUUUGCAGCUUACACUGAAAUGUCUUUUCUUAAAGCUGGAAUGCAGAACUUUUGUCUCUCCCUUCUGGCAGUGAGAGCAAUUACAUAAACACUGUCGACGCGUGCUUAUGAUGUAUGACGUAUGCCUAGAGUGAGCUCGCCCCAGGCUCCUGUUCAGAAAUAGUUACAAAAAUACAGAGAAAUUUCCACAUUUCCAAGAAAAUAAUCCAUUAUUGAGGUAGAAUAAAUGUUAUAGCUACAUAGCCUACUCCAAAUAUUUUACCAACCUGUCCAAGAGCAGUAACGUGUCUGAGGGCAAACACCAAUGCUACACCAGUGGUUAUCCGUGUUUGUCCUUGCCGUCGAUCGCUUUCUUUUUUUGACUCUAAUCCUUCCUCUGAACGCUGAGUUUCUUUUUUAUCUGGAGCAUCAGAAACUUUUCACUACGGUUGUUCCAGAGCCAUGUAGAGAGAGUUGCGUCAUCUCCAUUCAGUAUCAAUUCAAUGGGCUUUACCGGCGCGACCGCAUACAAUCCGACGUUGCCGAAGCAUAUUAACACAAACUACAAAAUCAUAACAAACAAUGCUCAGUAAUAAACAUUCUCACCUUUUUUGUUUUACAGCAAUGGCGGAUCGUGGAGCUCUCUACAUGGCUCUGGGUUGCUCCCUGCUUCCUCUGGCAAACUAAAUCAAAUCAAAACCAAACCAAUCAUUGCUGGUUGGUGUAAAACGCAUCAUUACCAGUGCACCAGUGUGGGAAUGUCGCCACAGACAUCAGAUUUAACAACUCCUUAUACUGCUAAAUACAGAGAGAUUUACUUGGCGGUGAUAGGCUUAAUCAGCAUUGUGUGAACUCGUUUGGCAAGGGCUUGAAUGUAACGGAUGCUCAUUUAUAUGUAAAAGUCCCGCACUCUGGCUUUAAGAUUGACAAUUUCACAGAAAGAAAAUAAGAAAUGCUUUACUAAAAAACAGGAAAUUAUGGAAAGUAGCUGUUUUUAUAAAACGAAGGCUGAGAUCUUGCUGUAAAUGUAUCAAAAAUAAAUCAGUUAUCAAAACAUUUUGAACUAACUUGCAAAGCCUUCACAAACCCCACUGAGAAGUGAAGUGCAAACACUGAGCACAUCAGCUCUGGCUGGUUCACAAAGACUUAUGGAGCAGAAAAUGCUGAUAUGUUUAGUUGAUAAACUUUUGACUGUCUAUGAUGUGUGUUAUUGUAAAGGCCGACCGCCCCAAAAUACACAAAGUCCUACCACUGUGUGAGGGAGACACACAGGAGGCCUCCAUGUUGUCUAAAAUGAGGGGGGAUCUAGUCGCUGUUUAUGUAGUGGACAAAAACCCAUUGCAUGUGGCUAUUGAUAUUUCAACUCCUGUUAGUACAUCCUCCAAAAAAUAUGUACUUAAUCGUGUACAAUUUUUUGAAUGGUUGAGUAUUUCCAAAUGAGGUCUAUCAUGAAAUAAAUAUUCUCUUUUGGUUUAAA